GAAGAAAAGACAGGAGCAUUGAAGUUCCAUAAUGUCUUCACGCAGUAUUCAGGGGUUAAGUGGGUUUGGUGGUAGCUCAAACAGGAUGUACAUGGCUAGCCACAGGGUACCUAGCAUCCAUGAAAGCAGUGGAAAAAACAUCUACUUCUCAACCUCAAGGUUAUCUUCAGAGGUCAACGGUCUUGGUAGCAACUUAGGUGGUGGACUAGGUGAACUAGGUUAUGGCUUUGGUGGGGGAUUUGGAGGUGGGGAUGGUCUACUGGGUGGAAGGGAGAAGGAGACCAUGCAGAACCUAAAUGACCGUCUGGCUACCUACCUGGCCAAGGUGCAUGCUCUGGAGAAGGCUAAUGCUGAGCUAGAGAUCAAAAUCAGGGAAUGGUAUGAACAGCAAGCCCCCAGCACAUCAUAUGACUACAGCCAGUACUACAAGGCCAUUGAGGAUCUUCGUAACAAGAUCCAUAGUGCCACUUUCGACAAUGCCAGCCUGAUUCUGCAGAUUGAGAAUGUCAAACUGGCUGCCGAUGACUUCAGAACCAAGAUUGAAACUGAACAUGCUCUUAGACUGAAUGUUGAGGCUGACAUCAAUGGCCUUCGGAAAAUCCUAGAUGAUCUGACUUUAAACAGGUCUGAUCUGGAGCUUCAGGUUGAGAGUUUGAAAGAAGAGUUGGUCUACCUGAAGAAGAACCAUGAAGAGGAAAUGAAUGCCCUGCAUGGAGAAGCUCAUGGCACUGUUAGUGUGGAGAUGGAUGCUGCCCCAGCUGUUGACUUGACUAAGAUCUUGGCUGAAGUGAGAGACAAAUAUGAAACACUGUCUGAAAAGAACCGCAAGGAAGCUGAAGACUGGUACUUUAAGAAGACAGAAGAGCUGAACAGAGAAGUUGCAAGUCACAGUGAACAGAUCCAGUCCAGCAUAACUGAAAGCACCGACCUCAAACGUACCCUUCAAAGCUUAGAGAUAGAGCUCCAGAUGCAGCUAAGCAUGAAAUCAGCAUUGGAAGGUACCUUGGCAGAGACAGAAAGUCAAUACUGUGUAAAGCUCUCUCAGAUACAAGAUCUGAUUAGUGGCAUACAAGAUCAACUUGCUGAAUUGCGGUCAGAUAUAGAACGCCAGAACCAGGAGUACAAAAUCCUCAUGGACAUGAAGACUCAUCUUGAACAGGAAAUCACCACCUACAGACGCCUCCUGGAGGGAGAAGAUGUUCAAUAAAUUCAGAUGUUCCAAUAUAAAGGUGGAAUGACUGUAAAGCUAAC